AUGCGUUCUAUCAUCCUCCUCGCCGUAAUUCUUGCCCUUGUUCUUGCAGUAAAUGCCGGCAAUACGGAUGAAUUCGCGAAUUUUACUGCCAUCUCGGAUUCCGGCCCCCCCAAUGGCAAAGUUUGUGACGGCGCUUCUACACUUACUCCAGCAGAUGGCACUCAGCAACGUAAUAUUGAGACUUGCAGCGAUACUGAACUUGGUGAAAUCCCGAUAGCUGCCAAAAUGCCCUCAACCAUUAUCCUUUUCCCUGAAAAUGCCAGCACACUUCCGGCCAACAAGUCAUUCACCAUUAAGCUCGUAAUCACUAAUUUAAAGACCGGGUUCUUCGAUAAUGCCACUAGCCAAUAUUAUCUGUUUUCUCAACAACUAGAUAGCGACGGUAUUAUCAUAGGUCAUACUCAUGUUACCGUUCAGAAAUUGGAUUCCAUUGACACUCCUCCGGAUGCUCAAAUAUUUGCUUUCUUCAAGGGAUUGAAUCAACCAGCUGACGCCAAUGGGCUUUUGACACAAGAUGUUGCUGAUGGAUUACCAGCCGGAUUGUAUAGACUCUGCACCAUGAGUGCGUCGUUUGCUCACACACCUGUGAUUAUGCCUGUUGCUCAACGUGGUGCGCAGGAUGAUUGUAUUCGUUUCAACGUUAAAUGA